AUGCCAUCGUCAGAAGAUCAAAAAGCAGAGCGGGACGACCGCUUCCGAGCCAACAAGCUGUGCCAGAUCGAAAUCGCUGAGGCUUCACUUCGAGAUCUCAAGAAAGAGCUCGAAGACUUCGACUCGGCAGUCAGCGCUUCUGGUCCAGACGAGACGGCAGACCACACCGAUGCCUUUCCUCUCGUGCCAGACGCUGAAGCAAAAACCGAUUCUCAGUCUUCUGAAUGGCCGCUAUCAUCCACAGAGUACCAGCGGUACGGACGACAGAUGAUCAUGCCCGAGAUCGGUCUUCGCGGACAACUGCAGCUUAAAAAGGCCAAAGUGCUCAUCGUAGGAGUCGGCGGCUUGGGGUGUCCCGCUGCAGCGUAUCUUGCUGGAGCUGGAGUCGGCACGUUGGGACUGAUGGACGGUGAUACUGUGGAAGUCUCUAAUCUGCACCGACAAGUCGCUCAUGCCACGGGUAGAGUGGGAAUGAGCAAGGUCGAUAGUGCUUAUGAGUAUUUAUAUGCUCUCAACCCAGAAGUAAACUACAUCCGCCACUCCUUCCACUUGUCCCCCGAGCACGCCAUAUCCGUCUUCGAGCAAUACGACAUCGUCCUCGACUGCACCGAUCAUCCAACAUCACGCUAUCUCAUCUCCGAUACGUCAGUCCUCACAAGCAAGCCAUUAGUCUCCGCAUCGGCCCUCAAGACCGAAGGCCAACUGAUCGUUCUCAACGACCCACCCAAACCGCCUGGAGAUCUGUUCGGAGGGCCCUGCUACCGAUGCAUCUUCCCCAAACCACCGCCAGCCGAGAGCGUGCUGAGCUGUGGCGAAGGUGGGAUUCUUGGGCCCGUGGUGGGCGUGAUGGGGGUGUUGCAGGCGCUUGAAGCGAUUAAGGUGCUUACGAGACGGUCGGAAGCUCAAGGCAGGAUGACAGACGCUGAGCCGGCUACCGCGCAGCCUGUGAAAGCGAGUCUGCUCAUCUUCUCGGCAUUCAGCUCUCCCCAAUUCCGCACCAUUAAAAUGCGCUCCCGCCGCGCAGAUUGUGCGGCAUGCUCUGCAAAGCGAGUUGUUACGGCGGACUCUUUGUCGAGUGGCUCGCUGGACUACAUCGCCUUCUGUGGUCGUACAACGCCUGUGGAUGUGCUUGAUGCGCAGUCUCGCCUCUCGGCAAAGGACUUUGCUCAGCUGCCUCGAGACGAUCAAAGAGUCCUGGUCGACGUGCGUGAUGAGGUACAGUAUUCAAUUUGUGCGUUGCCUGGAUCCAUCAAUGUUCCUUGGACCGGUAACGCAGACUCCUGGUUGUCGAAAGCCCAAGACAAGGGUGUGAUGGAAGACGAUCAGAAGGAAAAGUACAUCGUCUGCCGGUUCGGCAAUGACAGCCAACUCGCGGCCAAAGCUAUGCAGCAGCAGCACAAGGACUUCCCAGGCAUUACAAAAGACAUCAGAAACGGGUUUCAGGCCUGGCGUAAAGACGUCGACCCUUCAUGGCCAGACUAUUGA